AAUUGAAAAUUCACUCUGUGUAAAAUAUGCACACGAGUUGGUAGUGUGGGCCCACGAGGAGAGAGUUAUAGAGAAAACAAGUGGAUAAAUUAACUAAAGGUUAUGGGGAAAACUUGAAUGGACAUUCGUAAAAGGAAUAUGGGGCAAUCUUUUAAGGACGAAGGGACUAUAAAUCUAUAAUGCAUCGUAUAGAGUCGUAAUCUUAGCUGCAAAGAAAAAUGAAGGUUGACUUGGAACAUGAAAAUGACUUAAGGACCAUUAUUUCCAGCCACAGCCUGAAUUACAGAAAGAACAGAAAAUUAGCAGUGUUAAGCUCACUAAUCUAUACUUGAAGUUCUACAUUCCUUCCUAAUUACGUUCCUUUCAAUGGAAGACAUAGGGUGCUGGAUGUUUAUAAAAAAACCAUUUAUAGCGGGCUUGAUGAAAUGCAGCAAUUAUGGUGACGGAUGGGAUGAACUCUUAGCGGCUGCUCAACAAGGUCAUACAAAGAAUAUGCUACGUAUCUUGAGGAGGGAUCCAGAACUCAUUUUCACAGCAGAUGUGGUUGGAGAAACUAUUCUACACGCUCACUGUUACGUACUAAGUUGAUGCGGUUCAUGGAACAACAUCUGCUGUUGAAGGUGUUGCUUAAGAAAAAUGUAGACGGGGAUACGGCCUUGCACCUUGCCAUUAAGAACAAUCACAAGGAGGCAGCUUUCGGUUUGGUGGGUUGGAACAAGAUCGCGAUGCAUGAAUUGAACAAGGAUGGGAAUAUCUCCCUGUGACCUUGAUGAAGAGGCUGGGUGGGGUCUGUUUAUGAUCAGAGCUUGUGUCUGUUUAUGUGCAGGAGUAGCAGAUAUCGAAAUGAGAUUAGCAAUGAUAAGCAUAGAAUUAGAGGAACUAUAUAAGGUGAAGUGGGUUGAAGGCACCCCAAUAGGUGUAAGGGAUGCAGGCCUCGGCAAAUGGAAUGAUCACAACAGAGGAGAUACAAAUGGAACUUGUUCGAUUUGGAGGAAAUUUACUCCAUAUUGCUGCAAGAUCAGGCAAGGUUGAUAUGCUAAAGUUGUUGGUCAAGUUUAUGAAUAGCUCUGAGUUGGUUAGUUUGCCACUUGAAAGGAACAAAGCUGGUCCUUGCCCUUGUGGGCAAACCGCAAACAUGAGGCAACUGCACUCUACUUGUUACUUGAUAGAGGUGGCACCCAUGGCCGCGUACUUGCUGAACCAAGAGGGAGUCUCACCAUUACAUUUGGCAAUUCAACUACAGUACAAUGAUAUGGUGAGGCGCAUCUUCCAACUAAUUCCAGGGACUGCCAUUGACUCGUCCAUCAGAAAGAGUCUGCUAAGGGCUAACAAGGCGUCAGUUGUUCACGCUGCUAUAAGAGCUAGGAAUCUAGGUAUAUUGGAAAGAAUAAUGGAGGAAUUACCCGGUUCUAUUGACUCGGUAAAUGAAGAAGGAUGGAAGCCACUAUCAUAUGCAGCAUAUGAAGGUUACCUAGAUGAAGUUCGCUACUUCCUGAACAAUUUUCCAGAUUAUGCGAGGAAAUACGAUAGAGAUGGGUCCUUAGUCCUUACCAAUACACAAGGCGGUUGGUGCAGGCCAUAUUCAUAUUGUGGAAGAGUUUAUAUCAUCAUGUCCCUUAACUAUACACGAUGUUGACAAAAGAAGUCGAAGCAUUCUUCAUAUUGCUGUUAAAUAUGCAAGACCUCAUCUUUUCUCUUAUUUAACCAAGAGGAAUGAAAUCCACGAGAUUUUCCAUUUCAAAGAUAAGGAAGGCAAAACUUUCAUGGAUUUAGCUAGAGAGCUCGGGGAUAAAAUUAAUUAGCAGUAAUUUUGGUUUGUUUUGUACGACUAUAUAUGAAAGAAGAAAGCCCUUUAAGUUGUAACAUUAUGGUUUAGUACACUAUUUUGUUUUCAAUCUUGCAUACAUUAUUCAACUUAUUGGCUCAACUGAACCUCUUAAGGGUUUAUAGUCUUAUAGAGUUAUACGGGAUAUAAUAUUAGACAAUAACUAUCAUUUUUGCAAACGAAAA